GCGCAGUGAGAAUUGACAGCCUCGAGCGCCUAGGCGGGAGAUGUUUUUCUUUGUCCUUGACGCUCUGCGGUUCCCUAUCAUGUGCUUAGGUGCUUCUGCAUGAGAGAAGGAGGUGGCUCAGCCAGCCUUAGGAUGUCUGAGGAUGAAGAAAAGGUGAGGUUACGCCGGCUGGAACCAGCUAUCCAGAAGUUCACUAAGAUAGUGAUACCAACAGACCUGGAGAGGCUAAGGAAACACCAGAUAAACAUCGAGAAGUAUCAACGGUGCAGAAUUUGGGACAAGUUGCAUGAAGAGCACAUCAACGCAGGGCGCACUGUUCAGGAUGCAUCUAUGCAGGGGCUGUGAGUUCUCAGGGCGUCCUCCAUUUUUACCUCCUCCGCUGCUUUGUUGGUUAGCACCCAGAGGUAAACAACUGCGCUCCAAUAUCCGAGAAAUGGAAAAGCUUUGCUUGAAAGCCCACAAGGAUGAUCUGACUCUUCUGAAGAGGAUGGUCGACCCUGUUAAGGAAGCAGCAGCAGUGGCCACAGCAGAGUUUCUCCAGCUCCAUUUGGAGUCUGUUGAAGAGCUCAAGAAACAAUUCAAUGAGGAAGAAGCUUUAUUACAGCCUUCCCUGACCAGAUCCACAACCGUUGGCGGAGCACUCCCCACUGCAGAGGCCGGAGCUGCGUCUCAGAGUCUGACUCAGAUAUAUGCCUUGCCUGAGAUUCCUCGAGACCAAAAUGCUGCCGAGUCCUGGGAUAACUUAGAAGCGGAUUUAAUUGAACUUAGCCAUUUGGUCACUGAUUUCUCCCUCCUAGUGAAUUCUCAGCAGGAGAAGAUUGACAGCAUCGCAGACCACGUCAGCAGUGCCGCUGUGAAUGUGGAAGAGGGAACCAAAAACUUGGGGAAGGCUGCAAAAUACAAGCUGGCAGCCCUGCCUGUGGCAGGUGCACUCAUCGGAGGAGUGGUGGGGGGUCCCAUCGGCCUCCUCGCAGGCUUCAAAGUGGCAGGGAUUGCAGCUGCACUUGGUGGCGGGGUGUUGGGCUUCACAGGUGGAAAAUUGAUACAAAGAAGGAAACAGAAAAUGAUGGAGAAGCUCACUUCCAGCUGUCCAGAUCUCCCUAGCCAAAAUGACAAAAAAUGCAGUUAAAGCCCAUGCUUCCAGCUGGUGCCAACGCACCCGUCCUAAGAGCCCCUUACGCUGUUGAUGCCCAGCUGCUGAGCAGUGUCAGGAAGAGGUUCUCCAUCCGUGUCCAUGUGGCAUUGAACCACCAGUACUGGAUGUGUUUGUUUGCUGUUAAUGGAGAUGUUGGGGGGAUCUUGGGCUGAGGGGUGUGAUGUCUGUCAGGUCCAGUUUAAAGACUGCCAAAGAGCAAGAGUUCUGCCUGGAAAUGUGAAAACUGAACCAUAACUCUAAGAUCUACGAUGUGUAGAAAUGUAUCGGGCACAUGAGGGUCAGCGUAUUUGUAGAUGAUUUUCUCCUAUGGGGGGGACAGAAGAUGAGUUGAGGAGUCUUUCUGUCUGGUAGGGAUGUUGUUGCCUCACAAGGGGCACAGGUGAGCUACUUCUGUACUUGGGGGCCGGUUGUGCUUGGACCAUGUGUAUUUUCUGGUGACGGAAACCAAUACUAUAAAAUGGGAAGAGAAGCCCACUUUCUCUUUACAGCCUCUCCAUUGUGACAUGGGUAUCUUUCUGGUCUCCCUUGCCUCUCCAGUAAUGAGCACAGAAUCUAUGUGCUGGUCUAACCCAGCUACCAAGCCCACUUGCAGCUGGUGAUUCUGAAGGCUCUGCUUCUAAGGGGCAUUCUACCCGUGUUAUGAGGGGUUUUCUCAUAAUCUGCCCGUUUAUGUCAUUUUCCAUCUGUAGUUGUACCAAAUCUGUCAUCUCGUAAGUCGAAAAAAGAAAAUGUAAAUAUUUCCAACAUUUUUGGGCUAAGGGCAGUACAAUCAUACCAGGGGCACUUUAGGACGUCAAGGGGCUGACAUACCUGCCUCCAAGGGUCUGGGCCCCUCAGUCUUCCUGGGGGCUGAGACGGAGUUUUCUACCUCACUCUGUUACCGCUGCCCUUUCCUAGGCUGUCUCCUGUCCUUCAGCUUCACCACCACUGUCCCUCCCUGUGUUCAUGCUUAACUUCUCUCAUGUUCUAGACGGCCAAGGCCAAGGUUCAGACCCGAUGAAAGAUCUGUGGUGUUAACCCAACAGCAGCCUUGGUUCAGUCCAGCUUCAUGUCUGUCUCAAACAAGAAGAUUGGAAAUCUAGAGAAAAGGAAUUUAAGACGUCAGGCAGCCUCACUCUGCAUCCUAAUACAUUUAAGCUACCAUGUGGUUGCUGGGAAUUGAACUCAGGACCUUUGGAGGAGCAGCCAGAUGUGGUUUCCUGGAGUAAUUGUUAGUGCUCUUAACCUCUGAGCCAUCAUUCCAGCCCCUUCUAACAUGUUUGAAAUAGGAAGAAGCCACUGGUGACCUCAUUCUUCAAUCUUUCCUGAGGAGAAAGUCAACCAGAGCAUGGGUUCAAAGAUGGAAGGGUUUAUCAUUUACCUUCUUAUAAGAACUAUGUUGAUGUUUGACCUCUACUGAACUCUACCUUCCCCUCUGUGUCACAAGACCCAUCCUCCCAUGCACUAUAUCGUAUUAAAUUAUUGGGAAGUAUCAAGUUUUUGUUAUCUGUUGAUUUAAGACUUUAAUACCCCCAAAAAAAAAAAAGUACUUUGAGUACGUGUUAGCCUCUGAGCCAUUGUCUGACACUGGGAGUCAUGCAUUUGGAGUAAUUACUUUUAACUUCAUCCUUUGCUGUUUCUUGAUGCUCAAGUUGGGUAUGUCAAACCUGAGCAGGAGGCAGAAGUCAUCCAGAUUCUUUUAAAUUUGUUUUGUUUUUCAAGAUGGUUUCUCCUAUGUAGCCCUGACUGUCCUGGAACUCACUCUGUAGACCAGGUCGUCCUUGAACUCAGAGUCCACCUGCCUCUACCUUGGAGUUCCGGGUUCUAAGGUGUGUGCCUCUACCACCUGACUAAAACAAGAUUCUUGAACCUCCAUCAUGGGUAAUUCUGACCCAGCCAGUCCAGCCUGCGUAGCUGGAAUUAUAAGAAUAAGCAAUGAUGUUCCAUUGUCUAAUCUGUGUUUCACUUCAUCUUCCUCAUCGCUCAGUGCUCAUUCUGUCAACCCCAAAGGGGCACUCAGUCAGUGUGCCAUAAUAGCCUCAGCACAAAGGGUUAAAAGAUGGGAUGAGGCUUGUAAAAUUCACAUCUUGUGGAUUUUACAUUUUUACUGAGCCACUGUGGGAACUGUUGGCAUACUCAUGAACUGUCAGUAUUGGGGUUUUGACUCUACCCAUCUAAAUGCUUAAGGACGUUACAGUCUUCUUUAAAAUUUUAUGCUUUAAAGUUAUUUAAAAAUUGUACCUCAUUUCCCCACAAUUGAACCAAAUAGCCAACUUUCUGUGGAAAUUGAUUAGAGGUGUUUAAUCAACUAUAAAUGAUAUAAAGUACUUAAAAGUAUAAAUUAGUCAAUAUGACACAGAGUGAUCUUAAAAUUGAACUUAAUAUGCCCCAUAGUGUCAAGUUAAAUUUAUCUUCUCUAUGAUUCAUGUCUUAUUUUUAUUUCAACCAGUUAAAAAGGACCACUUUAAUUAAGGUAGUAAAAUUUGUAGAGACUCAUUUCAGUAAUGGCAGCAUUCCCAAAGACUUUUUUAAUGUUAUAGUCUGAGAAUUUCUCUGAAAUGCUGGUGUAACCCACAGUGAAGCAUGUAUUAAAACUGAAUAUAUAUAUAUGAUAAAUGUUUAUCAUUAUGUGUAAUAAAUUUUGAUGUUUUGGUUUUCAGCCCCCAAACACUCUUAGUCUACAAAUAGGUUGCCACCCUGAGUUUUCAGAAAAUAUCUUUUCCUAGAGAAGAACUGGUGCUCCCCAUGCAGUUAGCUAGGCAUUUCACCAGGCAUCUACGGAGAGGGUACCUGGGCCUCAGAAGGAUUAAGUGAUGUGCAGUUGUUCAGUGGCACUGGGUAUGUCGGUGCUCAGUCUUUCUCUGAUACGCUGUGUGGCAUCUCCCAAAGCCUGUGACCAUAAGGCCAGCCGUGGACAGCCCAUACUGCUCAUUUCCUUCUUUGUCUUCUGGUGCCUCAUCGGUGUCCACAGCCUGCUCUUAACUGUGGCCACGGCAGAACACAGCACUGCACUUCCUCACCUUUGAAAUGAAGAGCACUACCCUGCCCCACCCUCUACACACUGGGAUAUGUCGUAGACUGUGAUCAUUGUUUAAAGUGGUUUAUAAAAUUAAACAUUAGUACUCUAAAAGCAGAUCUCUCAUAGCUUUUAGAAUCAAUUAAACAUUAUCCUUUAAAUGGUGCCUCUUGGAAGCCAUGCACACUCUGUGGGAUGCUGGGGACACUUAGGCUAUUUCUGAACAUCUGCUUUUGGAUUUGCCACCAAAGAAUAGCACAUCAAAUGAGAAAAGCCACAGGCUGUUUUCCAUACCUUGUGACCCCGCUCUCUUCCCGUCUCAAUCCUGUGUCUUUUGUUGGUUUAACUGUCCUGCCUCACACACAGAAACCAGGGCAACGUGCCUAGGAAGUGAGCAUGCUGAAGCUGCCUAGAGCUGGCCACACUUCUGGAGCAAGGACUGGGGUUACCCUGAAACUUCCACGUUGCCACAAAUGUCCUCCUGCCUGUCUGCCUCUCAUGUUCUGUUUCCUGCAGCAUGAGAACAGGGUGCUGAUAACACCUACUGUUCACAAGAAGUUUUGAGGCUGAACUACAGAUACCUGACACAGUACUUCCUUCCAGUAAAGCCCAGAAGCCAGACCACCCUUUGAGUUGUUAGUAAGCAAAGGCAUUUCUGAGAAGAGCCCCAGAAACCCUUCACUCAUAGAUAGCACAUGGUCUCUGGGCAGAGGAGGGAAAGCCUUGUCUAGGUCCUCCUUGUCCAUGCAAUGCUUCCUCACUACACUAGAGUGUGGCUGUGCUGCCCAUGUGCUUACAGGUAUCUGAUGACAUUCUCAAGUAGUUGGAGGUCUAUGGGGCAAGAGUGCUUCCUUCCUUACCCAGUCAUAAAACUGUGUGUGCAGAGUUUGUUGUUCUUGUGUUCUGAAGUAGGGCUUUACUGGCAGCCUAGACUGGCUUUGAAUUUACAAUCUUCCCGCUGUAUUCACCCAAGUGUUGGAUUUGUAAGCAUCUGACUCUGUUUUAUAACUGUUACUAACUCUUGUGUUCCUAACAAAUGGUUCUAUUUGGGUUCAUCAUUUAGACACCCUUUCACUAAGAAACUUCUUGAGUGCUAUAAAUAAUAAGAGAGUUAUGUAUCUGCAUUGCUACCUUAAAGAAAUUAGUUUGUGGCAAUAAUACACCUGUGCCAUAUUAACCAAAUAAAUAUGUUGAAAUAAAAACAUAAAAAAUGCCAAAAACUUGCUCAAGAUCACAAAGCUACUUGUAAGAUCUAAGAGAAUGAUCUGGAGGGGAGAGAGGGGGAAUCCAUGUGUUACUAAGUUUUUGCUAUGCCAUGUCAAGUUGCAAGCUGAAGAUUGGGUCUCCGCACAAUUUCAGUGGUUCGAAUCAGGCAAAAUGGAAAGAAAUGUUCUUGGGGGAAUUAGAUGCAAUUUCUCAACCUUCCAAACUGUCAGUCUCACCGCAUGUGCCUUUGUAGCCAAAGCACAAGGAUCCCACGUUACAGCGAGUGGAGAUCCAUCAGUUCCUGCCAGCGCCUUGCAUGACUUGUUUCACCAAGACAUUCAAUAGUUUGCUUUUCACACACACUUCUCAUCUGUUUGAGAUUUCCCUCUUAAUGUUAAUUACUGAACUGUGUUACUUAGGUUUCAUUAACUGAACCCCUUAAAGCAGUUUCCCACAUUAUUGAACUGUAGGUGUUGGUGAAGUAAGGACAAGGAAAGUCAAGAAUUUCUGCAAAAUUAAGUUCUUCCUAAAUUGACUUGUCAUUUACUAUGUUGCUGAGUGGUGCUUGAAUAAGGAAAUAUGCAAUAAAAUUCACCAAUUUAACAAA